UGUAAAAGAGAUGCUGCUUCUUUAAUACUGUGGUCUCUAAUCCACUUUUAUACAUGAAUUGAGUCUCUGAACCUAGGAUUGUCUGGAUGUGUUGGAUUUUACAUAUGUGGAAACUUCAACAUUGGCAAAGCCUAUUUCAAAAGAAGUAUAAAUUAAUCUCUCUUUUUCUUGCAUGAUCUCACAAUGACACUCUGAGAGGUAUGCAAAAAGAAUAAAAUAAAUCUUUAAUAAAGCAGUCAGCCAGCAAUAAAACCAUCCAUUCUAAAACAACAUACAAAAAUGGGGGUGGGGGGAAUACAUCUAUUUAUUUGUCAUUCAAUUUAUCAUGUCGAUUGAUCGAUAAAUUCUAACUAGAAAAUUUUCCUGCAAAAACAUGGGGUGUCAUUUAAUUACUAUUGCAUUCUUUCAGAUUAACCAGAAUGAAUUGGCAGCAAGUAGCUCCUGGAAUCAUCCUUUUACUAGUCAAGCUCACAGGGACAUCUCUAUUCUUUGUUUUUUUUCCACAGAUCUUUCCCAAGGGGAACAUCACUUCUACCUCUACCGAAAAUUCUUCAGUGUGGCUCCCUUUUCCUGAGCAGAUUCCUUCCCUCUCUCCCUUGCGUCCUACUACAGCCAGAAUUCCUCUGAAGCAACCAAGGUGGGAACGAUUCAGAGAGCAUGAUUACUUAUUUUCUGAAGAGAAAACUACAUGGCUGAUCAGCCAAUUUGAUUGCGAAGAAUGGAAAUCAAAGCUUGUGAUCAUCAAUGACACAAAAGAACUGGAAUUUAUUAUUAACAAAACAGCAAUGGCUAAUUAUUUCAUUGGACUCACCUAUUCAGAAUCAACAAAAAAAUGGGAAUGGACUGAUCACAAAGAGCACAACAUGAACCUCUUUCCAAUAAAAGCAACAAUGGAUAAAGAAUGUGCUGCUAUCAGGGCAGGAGUUGUGAGUCCAGUAUCGUGUUAUGAUGAAUACAACUGGAUUUGUGAGAAGACCUAUAGUUAAUUGAUUGAAAGAAACCUUUGCAGGACUGCCUAGGAGUGAAGACUGAGUAAACAGCAAAUCUUAUUGAUUAAUAAAAUUGUU